ACCAGACUUUGGACUGGCAGGUAAGAGUAACAAAGCGAAAACAAAUCGAGAGAACAGAAGACAGAAAGAAAACACUUCAUAUUUCACCCUUUUUUGGUUUUUUUUGUUCUUUUUUUCUUCCCCCACAAAAAAGGAAAAAAAAAACAGAUGGAGAAAUUUAGAUAAUGACUUCUUCUUCCUGCUAAUCCUCUUCCACUGAUCGACGGCCGUAGAUGAGCAUCGACGACUGCCCCACCAAUCGAUGGCUACCACCAUCGUACGAUCGUCACCAUCGGCUUCGCUGCUCUACACCGAUAACCUCAAAGGCUUCGUGCUUGCGGUAGUCUCCAGCGCCUUCAUCGGCGCCAGCUUCAUCAUCAAGAAGAAGGGCCUUAAGCGGGCCGGUGCAUCCGGGCCCCGCGCAGGGGUCGGAGGCUACAAGUAUUUGUUGGAGCCGCUCUGGUGGGUCGGUAUGAUUGCGAUGAUCGUCGGAGAAAUCGCCAACUUUGUGGCGUACAUUUUCGCCCCAGCUGUUCUUGUAACACCGCUUGGCGCUUUGAGCAUUAUUGUUAGUGCUGUUUUAGCACACUUCAUAUUGAAGGAGAGACUCCAGAGGAUGGGGGUGUUGGGCUGUGUUCUCUGUAUAGUGGGUUCUACCGUGAUCGUGCUUCAUGCGCCUGAGGAACGUACUCCGUCAUCAGUAUCGGAAAUAUGGGAUUUAGCAAUCCAACCAGCAUUUCUUUUAUAUACGGCGUCAGCAGUAGCUGUGGUGCUGGUACUGAUGUUGCAUUGUGCGCCACGCUAUGGGCAGACAAACAUAAUGGUUUACCUGGGAAUAUGCUCUAUAAUCGGAUCGAUAACGGUUAUGAGUAUAAAAGCUGUAGGUAUUGCAAUAAAGCUGACGAUAGAGGGUGUGAACCAGGCUGGUUGUUUCCAGACAUGGAUAUUUGCAAUGGUUGCAAUAAGCUGUAUCGUCACUCAGUUGAAUUAUCUAAACAAGGCAUUGGAUUCUUUCAACACCGCAGUUGUUUCUCCAAUCUAUUAUGCCAUGUUCACAACUUUCACGAUCCUAGCAAGUGCCAUAAUGUUCAAGGAUUUAUCUGGUCAAAGUGCUAGCAAUAUUGCAUCUGAGGUUUGUGGGUUGAUCACGGUGCUCUCUGGGACUACUAUAUUGCACUCUACACGGGAGCCAGAUCCACCUCUUAUUUCAGAAUUGUAUACACCACUUUCUCCAAAAAUAUCAUGGCACAUUCAAGGGAACGGAGAACUAUGGAAGCACAAGGAUGAAGAUGGGUUAUCAGCUGACUUCAUUGCUGUUCUGCGAAACGACUACUUCACUUAGAUGAUGGCGACACAUUGAUUUGUCAGCACUUCCAAUAGUCUCUGGGGCAUAAGAGUUGCCGACAAGCUGCAAUUGUGUUGUACAUAUUAGGAGAUGGUCUAACAAGAUCAAGCAUCCGUCAUGCUUGUGCAGCCCCCACAUCUUGUCAAUUUUUAUUUUUUUUUUGUUUCAUUUUCAUUUUCUUUUCAACCUUUACCAUCUUUAUUUAUUUUUCUUUUGUUUUUUGUUUUUUUUUUUUCCAUGUUGUAACAGCAGCCUCUGCUGUGGCGGCUUUAGAAUUAAAGUCCUAGUCAUAUUGCUUUCUUUUUUCCUUGUGUUAUUAUUGGUUCCCCCUUUCUUUUCUAUGUACAAUUCUACUUGUGUUGGGGGUUCUCUGUGAAUGCCAUGUGCUUUUGCUAGUGAUGAAAGGAAUAUUUGUUUUUAGGAUUGAGAAUAUUUGAUAUGGAAAAGUUGCUUGAGUUGUGAU